GCCUCUGCGUUGGGCGGCUCUCCACCCACGUGGUGCGGCUCCACGGCCAUCUUUGUGCGGGGCUGCGCUUCCGCCGGCGCAGCGGCGGGGCCUCCGCAGUGGGUCGGCUGGCGAUGGAGCGGUGGGCGCUCUCACAUCUUCGGUUGUGGCUGCUGUUGCUCCUCCUGCUCCCGGUGCCGGGCCGCCAAAAGGAGUCAGGUUCGAAAUGGAAAGUACUUAUUGACCAAAUUAACAGAGCUUUGGAAAAUUAUGAACCAUGUUCAAGUCAAAACUGCAGCUGCUACCAUGGUGUCAUAGAAGAAGAUCUGACUCCUUUCCGAGGAGGUAUCUCCAGGAAGAUGAUGGCGGAGGUAGUCAGACGGAAACUAGGGACCCACUAUCAGAUCAUUAAGAACAGAUUAUACCGAGAAAGUGACUGCAUGUUCCCUUCAAGGUGUAGUGGUGUCGAACACUUUAUUUUGGAAGUUAUGGGGCGCCUCCCUGACAUGGAGAUGGUGAUCAAUGUACGAGAUUAUCCUCAGGUUCCUAAAUGGAUGGAGCCUGCCAUUCCAGUCUUCUCCUUCAGUAAGACAUCAGAGUACCAUGACAUCAUGUAUCCUGCUUGGACAUUUUGGGAAGGAGGACCUGCUGUUUGGCCGAUUUAUCCUACAGGUCUUGGACGCUGGGACCUCUUCAGAGAAGAUCUGCUAAAGUCAGCAGCCCAAUGGCCAUGGGAAAAGAAAAACUCCACAGCGUAUUUCCGAGGAUCAAGGACAAGUCCAGAACGAGAUCCUCUCAUUCUUCUAUCUCGGAAAAAUCCGAAGCUUGUUGAUGCAGAGUACACCAAAAAUCAGGCCUGGAAAUCUAUGCAAGAUACCUUGGGAAAGCCAGCUGCCAAGGAUGUCCAUCUUGUGGAUCACUGCAAAUACAAGUAUCUGUUUAAUUUUCGGGGUGUAGCUGCAAGUUUCCGGUUCAAACACCUCUUUCUGUGUGGUUCACUUGUUUUCCAUGUGGGUAAUGAGUGGCUGGAAUUCUUCUAUCCACAGCUGAAGCCAUGGGUUCACUAUAUCCCAGUCAAAACAGAUCUCUCCAAUGUCCAGGAGCUGUUGCAGUUUGUAAAAGCAAAUGAUGAUAUAGCGCAAGAAAUUGCUGAAAGGGGAAGCCAGUUUAUUCUGAACCACUUGCAGAUGGAUGAUAUCACCUGUUACUGGGAGAACCUGUUGACUGAAUACUCUAAAUUCCUAUCUUAUAAUGUAACAAGAAGGAAAGGCUAUGAUCAGAUUAUUCCCAAAAUUUUGAAAACUGAACUCUAGUCGUCAUCAUCCAGCCAUGAUCCUCUCUAUGGUAGCAGAUCUCAGAUAUCCUGUGGUGAGAAGCUUACUCUAAGUUUGGCACUUAUACCUUGGAUACUGUUACCAAGCCAAAUAUCUGGUUUUUUCUUAUCAUGCUGCACACAGAGCAACUUUUGGGAAGGAUGCAAAAUGUGUAUAAUACAGAUAUGAAGCAGCUCAACUCUGGCUGAAUUAGGACCAGAAAUCAUGAGGGGUGGGUUUUGAACCCAAUUCUGCCUUUCAUUUUUCUAGGACCAAUCACAGCUUGUGCCUCAGGUCAUCCACAUGUGUCUGUCCAUCACUGCGAAACUGACUGUGUCCAUGGGAUGAUGCCCUUUGUCCCAUCGUUUGGAGGAGAAAGUCAAUCAUUGGGAACUAGUACAACUCGUCACUGCAAUUCUGCCGUUAUUCCACGCUUGAUCUCUAUCGCUUUAUUUUAAUGUCGAAAGCCCUUUAGGGCUUAUGAAAAAUACUUGGGGAUUAUUUCCUGAAAGGUCUAAGGAAGCAGUAGUUGAACCAUGCAAUGAUGUAGAGUUUCUUUUUUGUAAAAUCAUCAAUUCUUUGGUACUCAGGAGGUUUCUAUAAAGCAACGUAGAUAGGGACCAAUUGCAUGAGUAAUUAUUGCAAUUGGAUUUCAAUUUCCUUUUUGUGCCUUGACACCCUUCUUUAUAUGCUCUUUCAAAAAAAAAAAAAAAAAAAAAAAGGCGGGAGUUCCCAUUGUGGCGCAGCAUAAAUGAAUCUGACUAGGAAACCAUGAGGUUGUUGGUUCGAUCCCUGGCCUUGAUCAGUGGGUUAAGGAUCCAUCGUUGCCAUGAGCUGUGGUGUAGGUUGCAGAAGCAGCGUGGAUCCUGCAUUGCUGUGGCUGUGGUGUAGGCUGGCAGCUAUAGCUCCAAACCACCCCUCGCCUGGAAAACUCCAUAUGUCACAGGUGUGGCCCUAAAAAGCAAAAAAAAUUAAAAAAAAUUAAAAAAUCUCUUAAUUUAGGAAUUAAUCCUUACUCUUUAAAGGAACUGUGCAUAAAACAGCAACUCUUUCUCAUUCUUCACAUACCCUUAAUAUUUUUCCUCCUUGAACUGGCAGCAGCCCACACUUGCAGGGAUCUCAAGGAGUCUUCAUGUGUGAAACGCUAUUAAGUCGUGAGUUAAGAGCAUUCAACUUUAGCACUUGUUUAUAUAGGAAAUAUUUGUUUUAGUGCACAUCCAUGUGGAGUGAUUCAUUUUCCCUUUUUGAAAAAGACAUUUUGUUAGUAGUUUAAUCUCUUUAGGAUGCUCUCUCUAACAUAUUUGAAAAUGAAGAAAAAAUUUAGAUUAAUACCCAUAUAAUCUGAUGACUCAAACUUUCCUUAGGCCAACACUUUCCACAGAGAAAUCAACUCUUUUAUUUUGCCUCUUAAGAAUUGUUUGGUAUUAACAGUUUUCAAAAUUAGUAAAUGUGGAGUUCCCAUCGUAGCACAGUGGUUAACGAAUCUGACUAGGAACCAUGAGGUUGCGGGUUCGGUCCCUGCCCUUGCUCAGUGGGUUGACGAUCUGGCGUUGCCGUGAGCUGUGGUGUAGGUUGCAGACGCGGCUUGCUGUGGCUCCCGCGUUGCUGUGGCUCUGGUGUAGGCUGGCAGCUACAGCUCCGAUUCGACCCCUAGCCUGGGAACCUCCACAUGCCGCGGGAGCGGCCCAAGAAAUAGCAAAAAAGACAAAAAAAAAAAAAAAAAAAAAAUUAGUAAAUGUGUGAUUCAUUCAUCUAAGAUCAGAGACUUUAUUCCAUUUGUGAAAAAUGUCUUUGGCCUUUUAAUCUCCCCUUUCACAAAAUUUUAGAUCUGUGUACUUUCUUAGAGGACCUCUGGUAAUCUCAUUGCGUAGAGUAAGGCAGAUAUUUAAAGUUGGGUUUUUUGUUUCUGAGUAUUAAAAACUCAUGGGGACUGUGUCCUUAGGUGCUAUAAGUGGCGAUAAGCACUCCCGAUUUCUGAAUUGUACUGUGGUUUUGCCUUAUCAGCAGGAGACCCUAGUAGAUAUUAUCAUUCCAUUUUAACUUUCUUCUCACUAAACUAGGAGCAAAAUUUUCUGUUCUUUGGAUUAGGAACUCAAGCUACAUUUUCCUGGGACUGUUUCCCACUUUCCUUCAAGUUCCAGCUUAAGCAUCAUCUUCUCUCAGAAUCCCUGUUUUCAUUCCUCUAGGCAGUUAGAGGCUAUCAUAAUACUUUGCUCAUGCCUGUAUCAUAUGAUAUCAUAUUGCACUGUAGCUAAUUGAUUUUUUAUCAUACUCUUCUUUGAGCUUUCUUAUGGGUGGGAAUCAUGUUUUACUUAUCCUGAUUUUUUCCAUUAUCCAUCACAGUGCCUCACACAGAAGAAUGUUGGAAGGAUGAAUGCAUGGAUAGAUGGAUGAAUGGAUAAGCGGAUGGGUGGAUGGAUGGAGACAGUAGACUUAGGUAGAUCUUAUUUACAGAUUGCCUAGCCAUUGGCUUCAAGGGGGCCAGCACAAGACUGUAAGAAUUGGAUCAAUGCAAAUUCUCACCUACCCUUUUAAGAGUCCAUAAGGGCAUCUUUGUAUUUAGAUACAGUGAAUGUUAUUCAGAUCUUACACUUCUCUGUUUACCUCAGUGUAGAUGGUAUGAGGAUGGUGUGUAACAAUAUGUAAAAUGUAUGGUUUUGAAAAUAAUUUUUAUCUCCAUAA